UAUAUAAGUAUUUUUGGUGAUCCAUUUGAAUCAGUUAAGGCACACACCCUCCCCUCUGAGGCAGCAAUAAAUGCAGAUUUGCUCUCUCCCACCUAGCUAUUCAAUUUCACUGAAUUUUGUGUCUCUGAUGAAAAAAUGGUGAGCUUUUAGUCGAGAUUAGUGAGCUGAGGAACUGUUGAUUAUGGGGUGUGUUCUCGGAAAACGAGCCUCGGCACGGCGGAAGCCGAAAAAUGAUGAGCGGCGGCGGCGGCGGGAUUCGGAAUCCUCCGCCGCCGUGACGGUACAGAGCGACGCCGUGGAAGGAGACAAGGAGGUGAAGAUCGACGUUCCCGAGGCGUCUGGCGGACGCCGGAGUGUUCAGGCGGAUUCGUCGGAGUUUCGCCUGGUAACAGGCGCGGCGACGGCGGAUAGGUGGCCGCCGUGGCUGGUUGAAGUCGCCGGCGACGAGAUCAAGGACUGGAAACCCCGGCGGUCGAAUACCUUCGAGAAAAUUGACAAGAUUGGGCAAGGGACGUACAGCCAUGUGUAUAAAGCGCGUGACUUAAUCACAGGGAAUAUAGUGGCACUGAAGAAAGUUAGGAUUGAUAACUUCGAACCGGAGUGUGUAAAAUUCAUGGCAAGAGAAAUACUCAUACUGAAACGCCUCAAUCACCCGAAUGUAAUUAAGCUCGAAGGUUUAGUUAUUUCGAGAAUGUCGAAUAGUCUUUACCUUGUUUUCGAGUACAUGGAGCACGAUCUCGCUGGCCUUUCUGCUCUCCGAAGUGUCAACUUAACCGAGCCGCAGGUCAAAUGCUAUAUGAAACAAUUACUCUCUGGUUUGGAGCACUGCCACAGCAAUGGUGUCCUACAUCGCGAUAUUAAGUGCUCAAAUUUGCUAGUUGACAAUAAAGGAAUCUUAAAAAUAGCCGAUUUUGGGCUAGCCUCGUUUUUCGAUAAUGAAAAAAAGAAACCAAUGACAAGCCGUGUGGUCACCCUCUGGUAUCGUCCACCCGAACUCUUGCUGGGGUCCACUUACUACGGAGUUGCUGUUGAUUUAUGGAGUGCUGGCUGUAUUCUUGCAGAGUUGCUCUCUGGGAAGCCAAUAUUACGCGGACGAACAGAGGUUGAGCAAUUGCACAAGAUAUUUAAAUUGUGCGGUUCUCCGAGUGAGGAAUACUGGAAGAAAUCCAAGUUGCCAAAUGCGACACUUUAUAAACCUCAGCAGCCUUACAAACGUUGCAUAACAGAGACGUAUAAGAACUUUCCUCCAUCUUCUCUUAGUUUGGUGGAAACUCUUCUGGCAAUUGAUCCUGAUUCACGAGGCACCGCCACAUCAGCGUUGAAUACUGACUUUUUCACGACCGAGCCAUCUGCUUGUGAGCCAUCCAGUUUACCAAAAUUUCCGCCAAGCAAGGAAUUGGAUAUUAAAUUACGAGAUGAAGAAGCAAGAAGGCAACGAGGUGGAAAAAAUCACAGCACAGAUGGCAAUAGAAGAGCGAGAGUACGUGAUAAGGUCGUCCGUGCAUUUCCAGCUCCUGAAGCAAACGCAGAACUCCAAAUAAACUUAAACAGGCUAAGAAUGAUGCCAGGUGGUGCUAAAGACAAAACCAAGAGUGAAAAAUUCCCACCGCCACAUCAAGACGGAGCAGUUGGCCACCUUCCGGAAGAAUCUCUAAACGGGCCUUUCUCGUUUGGUGCUAUCGAUACUUCAUUUAAAUCAUCAUCGAUUUUCGAUCGAAAGUCAUCAAGGUCUCUGAGAAACGGUACUAAUUCAAGGGGGAAAAAUAAUAAAGAAGAGCCUAGUAGGGCUCCUUCUCGGAGAUUAAUCAACUCCUUUUACCCGACAUCAAUUAAUUGGUCGAGGGAUUUCAGGUUCAGCCGCAAAUAAGCCGUUUUUUAGAUGAUUUUUGGAAAAUUUUGAAAACUAUUAGGUGUAGUUAUCAACUGUGUCAUUCUAUGUGCUCUAGUUUCAUUGUGGAUAUUGUCAUCAGAUAUUUGGUUUUGUGUAUAUGAAACAAGUUAAUUCUGGAAAA